AUGAUCUGCCCUCCUGACCCCAUGGACAAGUGCACGAAGGGUGAAGAUGAGAUACUGGGGGCGAUCACUGCUAGCAUCACGCCGAGGGCGAAUAUCGACGAUGCUUUGACCGAGAUCGCUCCCCGGAAAGAACCUAAACGCCGGAUCCGAACGCCAAUACCCACCGUGGAUCGAGACGAGGAACUAUGGGUGAUCAGUUUUGACGGAUCCGCCCGAGUUAAGCGUGGAGGGGUGCGUUCAGUGCGAUCGUAUGGCAGUUUGCCCGGAUGGGAGGUAGUCAAAGCCGGAUCGGGCUAUCAUGAGAGCCUCACCUUGAACGAAGCAGAAUAUAACGGCCUGAUCCUGGGACUCGACAUGCUAGAGGACCUAGAUCACAGACGCCUGGUGAUCUGCGGGGAUUCUAACCUGGUGAUCCGACAAGUACGGGGGGGGAUCGAAGUCCAGGAGGCACCCGGGUACCAGGAUCUGGUUACCCUGAACCGGUUAGACGAAAUCUUGAUCCCUAAGACCGAGAAUCCAGUGGUACGAGUUGCCGCGGUGACUACUCGAGCUGGUCGAGCAAGAUCACCAGCGGGUGUCAUGCAAGAGGAUCUGAUCCGGGAAAUCCGAGUCAAUCGGAUCAAGCAGGCCCAAGAGGAAGAAGUCUGGAUCGACGUCAUGAAGAAGUACCUGAGUGGUUCGAUCGCGGAUCUCACCCAAGCGGAAGCAAGAUCGUAUGGCACAAUCGCGGCUGACUACGAGGUAGACGAGCAGGAUCUACUCUUCUACUGCCCCUCUGCGCCAAGAUCGGGGGGGAAAGGAAGACCGGUGAUCCGGGGUGAAUCACCGGGGAACUUGCAGGCGACGUACCCGUUGCAGACAAUUGCGAUGGAUCACAUACCGUCGCUGCCUAGAUCCCACAAGGGAAAUACUGAGUUGGUGAUCUUGAUGCCCCUGGUCGUCUGGGCCCUCGAACUCUGGUUGAUCCUGAUGCUCCUGGUCGUCUGGACCCUCGAACUCUAG